CCACCAACACUCAUUCAGCGAUAGUAGAUUUAAUCGGUGAUUCAAAUGUGUACAAAAUUGCAGACAUGUCCACUCCGCAAGCGAAACGCCGUCGGCUGAAUGAAGCCGCGAAAACGCUGCAUAAGCCAUUCAAGUCUCCUUUUCGAACACCAUUGAAGCCCAGCAUUGGCGACGAUCCGCCAUCUUCAGACCCGCCAUCUUCAGAAUCAUCUGCCAAGGAAAUAUUGGAAGAUGAUUCCGUCUGGGCAAGUUCUGCGCACUCUACAAACAAUGCCGGACAGAAGGCCACUCCGUCACCCUCUGGAAAUGUUGCAUCAGCACAAAGACAUUCUGCAUUGAGAGCCCCAAAGACUCUUGUGCCACGUCCAAACUCUACGCCUUCGCGGCUAGCGGCAAGAAGCACACCCUCCAAGCCCUCAGCUGCACGCGAAAUAAUGCAACUACGCAAUGAGAUACAAAUGCUCACCCAAGCCCAAACUCUCGCCACAUCUUCCAAAGACGACGAUCUCAUCGCAUUGAUAGAAAAGUGGCGUACAGCAAGUCGUGCCGCAGCAGAAGAGCUUUUUGGCAUCACCAGAGAUCGAGUCAACAGGAUGGGCGGGGUGGGCGCCUGGCAGGAGCGCGAAAAGGAGGCUAAGCAGCGGCAGAUGAAAUGGGAUCAGGAAGAGUUGGAGGCAGAGAGGGAGAGGAUGAGGAAAGCGAGGGAGAAUGGAGAGAUUCCGCAGGAGGAGUAUGAUCGAUUUGCUGAGAUGGAGGGGGAAAGGGAGGUGGAAGAGGAGAAGGAGACGUUUAAGAAUACUGAUGAUUCGUUUACUAUGGAUAUGAUGCUCAAGACACUCAAUAUUGAUCUACAACUCAUAGGUUACAACAAGGAGGCGCAGAGGUGGGAGGGUUGAGCGAUGCUCUUCAAGGUUGCAAGAAACCUCGGUCCAGCUCUAGGGUUAUGCCUGAUUUCCUCUAAAGAAUGUAAUCGGAUAUUCAGCACUCAUUUGAUUAGUGAAUAAGUCGAGUAAGUCGGCACCCAGGUUGUUCAUCUUCAUACAGGUACUUCACCAGAAUUGUUGUUCACGCUUCUACUUUCACGACAAGUCAUCUUUACCAUGCAU